CACAGUGACCCAAGCGUAACUCGUACACGGCUUGCAUAGACAGAUAUCCAUGUAGAAAGUAGUGGGGCGCCAUAGGAUCAAGACGUCUAUAAUACAUGCUUGCAUAUUUAAAUCGGAAACAAGAAAAUGGCUUCGUCCAAGCGCAUCCUUUCCAUUGACGGUGUAGUGCACACUGUCGACCAUACCAAAAUGAACAUCAAGGUAGAAACAGACAAGUUUGGCAAGACCAUCAAGUACAUGAUGUUCAAUGGCCGGCAUCACCUUCCAGCAUAUCCUCCGUCAGUCCUCGACCAAAUAAAGAGCGUCUCUAUGAGGCCUGAUGAUGUCUUCUGUCCUGCCUUUCCAAGAACAGGAACUCACUGGCUAUACGAAAUGGUAAGCAUGCUGUUGAGUGGCAAGGCUGAAACCAUCCAGGAAUCCAAGAUUAAGCACCAGUUAGAGUUUACGCCGAACGAGGAGUUGAUUAAGCUUCCUUCACCAAGGGCUAUCAAUACCCACUUCCGGUUGUCAGAUGCUCCCGAGGACUUGAAGGAAAAGAAGUGCAAGCUUAUCUACAAUCUUCGAGAUCCGAGAGACGUGGCAGUGUCCCUCUAUCACUGCUACAUUGAUCUAGUAUAUUCGGAAUGCGAGUGCUCUUUUGAAGGUUUCUUGUAUCUGUUCCUUGAAGGAAAAGCUGAAGCCGGUGGUCUAUUUCAUCAUUGCCGUGAUGCUGAGGAAUAUUUCAAGGAGAAUCCGGAUAUUCCCGUUUAUUUCAAUAUCUAUGAAGAAACUCUAAAGGAUCCGGUGUUGGCUGUGCAACGCCUCUCUGAUUUCCUUGGUCUCCCACGAAACGAUGAACUUUGCCAAGCCAUUGCAGACAAAUGCCACUUUUCCAACAUGAAGAUAGACAAAGACAAAUUCGCCCUUAAAACUGAUGGGGAAAACCUGCUAUAUCGAAAAGGUAAAGUUGGCGACUGGAAGAACUAUUUCACAGACCAAAUGUUGGAGGACUACUAUCGAGUGUAUGAGGAAAAGAUGGCCGGCUCGAGAUUCUACAAACUGUACGCUCGAAACGCAUGAACAGUAUUCACAUAAUAUCCAUGUGUUUUCAUAACAUGAAGAAGUCAAACGGAAUGUAUAAAUUUAGGUCGAGACUGGACUGAACAGAGAAUAAUCGUGAGCUUGAUCCACUUCAAGAGAGCUUAAAAAUUUGAUUUAAGAUAUCAUAAGCAAAAGGAAAAGAAAACGUUUACAUGAAUAGCUUCAUGUACUGUGAGUGAGGGAGUUUAGUUUUACGUGGCUUUUAGCAAUAUCCCAGCAUUAUCACGGCGGGGGACACCAGAAAGGGGCUCCACAUAUUGUACCCAUGUAGGGAAUGGAACCCGGGACUUCAGCGUGAAGAGCGAACGCUUUAACCAGUAGGCUACCCCAACACCCUGAUAAACUGUUACAAUUGAAAUAUAGGACAGUGUAUAUACAAA